AUGGCCGACGUUCUCACUCAAGUUACUGGAGUCCCCGUCGGCACUCCCCAGAUCACCAAAGAAAUCUUCUACAGCGACGCACACAAGCAAGCGCUGGGUGAAGAAUACUGGGCAGCGACGCACACAAGCAAGGCCUGGCGAGAUAUCGAGGCUAGCAAGCAAGUCGUGCCCAACCCGAUGACCAUGGAGGUCUGGGCCCGCCAAAGCUCCGAGCUCAGGAAGCUACUCGGGAUUUAG